CUCGGUUGGUGCGUCGGGAGCGCAGCUUCGGUCGGCGCUGGCACUGCAAAGGGAAGUCGGGCGCCGCGCGCGAGAGAGAUACCCCGAGCGCUCGCGUCCUUCUCGCCGCCGCCAGCAUGUCUUCCAACUCCAGCCUCAGCACCAUGCAGCGCCUGGUGGAGCAGCUGAAACUGGAGGCCGGCGUGGAGAGGAUCCGGGUCUCUCAGGCAGCUGCAGAGCUUCAGCAGUACUGUAUGCAGAAUGCUUGCAAAGAUGCCUUGCUUGUGGGCGUUCCUGCGGGAAGCAACCCAUUUCGAGAGCCCAGGUCCUGUGCAUUGCUCUGAAGACAGGGAAGGUUAUUGAAGAGUUCUCUUCAGACACGAGGGAAAUCCUGGCAGCCUUCUUUUCAACAAACACGUCUAUGCCCUUACUUCUGUGUGGCCAAAACAGUAUCUUUAAAUAUUUAUUAGUCUGCUUGACUAUCUUUGUAACUGACUAGAUCUUUUACUAAUACUUGUGUAAAGCAUUUUUUUUUAAAGGAAGAGGCUUUCCUUUUGUAAUUGAAUCAGCUUCUUCUCUACACUUACUCCCCUGAGAUGUUUACAUUCUGGAAAAGAAAAUUACCAAAUGACUUCUUGCUCUGCUGUUGUGCCUGAAUGAGACACUCACUAGGUACCUCUUUAGUAGCCGCUUUGUGUUUUCUGAUAAAAAUGUUCACUAGGCAUGACCCAGCCAAAGGUAAAUCCUUUUAAUGCAGCAAUGCUGUGCGUAUUCACCUCAUUUGGACUUCCUGUUGGGUAAAUAUGCAUAGGACCAGGCUCCAUUUCUCUUUAAUUUCAAUGGGGCAUGUUCAAUAACAUUCUUAACUUCCUUUUUGAAAGUUCUAAAUUUUGGCAGGAGUGAACCCCACGCCCAUCCAUCCAGCAUGGAAAUAUUAUUUAUAAAACAUUGCUCUUUUGCUAUUCCUGAAAGCAUUGAGAAUCUAGAAAUAGCUGAUUCCAUCUGCUGCACAGAUAGAAUUCCCAAACAUCCCCCAUACUAGGUUUAGUGUGUCUUUAGCUUUUAUUGUGCUUCUACAGAAAACUGUUUCUUUGAAAUGUCUAAGCUGUAACUCAGCAGGUAAUUACAGACAAGAAGACUACACUGCACUACAUAAACACUUCUAUAGGUCACUUUUUCAAGGCUUGCAACAUUAUUGGAACCUGUACAAAUGUGUUUUUGGGGUGGGGUGCCUUUGAUUUUUGUUUAUUGAGCACUUUUACACACAGAGACUGUUUACUUAAAAAAAAGAAUAUUCUGUUUACACACCAUUGUUUGUAUUAAUAUAUUAGAAGCUUAAAUAAAAAUUUCUUUCCCUAAC